CUUAAAAGAGAAUUUUCAUCCACGCCGUCUAAAACUAAAAAAUAAACUCCUGCAUCUCGCUACCGUUGGUUGCCAACUCAUAUCCACACUUAACACCUUUUUCUUCGUUACUAAGUGCAUUACAACGCCAAUUACCAUCUUCACGCCAAUAUCACCUAGACGCCGUUUUAUACAACUUCUAGACCCCCUCAUUACCGCAAUCAUGGCAGAACUCGAACAGGUUGCGACGCCUCCCGUGUCUCCGGACAACGCCCAAAAUGACGAUUCCCAGAAUAUUAGCACGGCUAAUAAUGGCGUGCGUCGUUCAGGUAGAGCUACGAAGGCGCCUAUUAAAUACGACGAGAAGUAUGACAAUCCCGCCUCCAAAGAACCUGUCCAACCUGCCAUUCCCACAAGCCGCCCGAAGCGAAAGGCGGCGCGCAUUGCAGAGGAGAAUAUCGUUCCGGAAGAACCUGGUCCCCUCCUAGAAGCAGCUCUAAGUCGAAUGUCUCAGGAUGAGCGGAAGGAAUACGGCGGUUGGGUAGAACUUGAAUCCGAACCGGGAUUCUUCAACGCGAUACUACAAGAACUCGGAGCUAAAUAUUUCAAGGCCCAAGAAGUAUACAGCCUGGAUCCAGAUAUCCUGGAAUUCCUGCCGAAACCCGUUCAUGGGCUCAUUUUUCUAUUCCAAUACGAAGGGGAUGAUGAGCCGACCAACGAGGAUAAUCGGCAGGAAUGUCCCGACUAUCUCUGGUUCGCGAAUCAGACAACGGCCAAUGCUUGUGCCACCGUUGCGCUCAUGAACAUUGUCAUGAACGCGCAAGACGCGGUCCUGGGUGAAGAGCUUGAGAAGUUCAAAAAUUCGACUAGACAACUGCCGCCUCCCCAUCGAGGUUACUCGCUCGAUAAGAACGACUUCAUCCGAAGCGUCCAUAAUUCCGUCGCAAGACGAAUCGACCUCCUCUCUGAAGAUCUGAGCCUUGAGAACAAAUACGAGGAGUCGGUACAAGUGAAGAAGAGAAGGACGCAAAAAAAGUCCAGCCGCGCCGCACGGAAAAAAGUCGCCGAGACGAAUUACCAUUAUAUCGCCUACGUGCCCGUGAACGGCCAAGUCUGGGAACUGGAUGGCUUCCAAGCACAGCCGUUAUGUCUCGGUCCCGUAUCCGGUUCGUGGAUCGACACGGCGAGCACGGCGAUCCAGGAACGCAUGACGCGGAACUCGGAGUUCUCAUCCUACAGCCUCCUAGCCAUCUGCCAAUCGCCUCUCGACACCCUGACCAAGGAACUCGCCACCAGCCUCGCCUGCUCCCACGCUCUCCACGAGCGCUUCAAGGGCGAUGCCAAAUGGACCUUCCCGGACCCCUUCGCGUCCUUCCCCACGUCCCACCUCGCCCAGCGGAACCUGACGCGCGAAUCCAUCUUGUCCGUCGAGCUCCCGGCUCCGUACACGGCCAGGACGAAAAGCCGUCCGGGCUUCGACGCGGACGAGGCGCUGGCGCUGGCGCGGGAGCUGAAGACGGAACAGGACUCGCUCGACGCCCAGUACGUCGCCGAGAUGGCGGCCGUCGACGAGGCGGUGGAUAUCAUACGCGGACGGCAGCGCGAUUACACGCCGGCGAUACACUGCUGGGUGCGGGCGCUGGCUGAGAAGGGGGUGCUCCGGGGGCUGAUACGGGAGAUAGGAUCAUGAUAUCUGACGAGGUCCGAUUUGGCAUUAGAAAGAGAGAAGGAGAUGGGGGGAGAGAUGUGCAGCUCGCCUUGGACUUGGCUUACCCACGCGAUGGUAUUUUUUUUUCAAGUAAUAUUGGCACAAGCAUGAUGAUGAUGAUGAUGAUG